GUCUUUUGUCAUUCUUUAUUUUUGACACAACCAAAUGUUUUGGGAUGGCAGAACGGUCGCGGACAGACCAGUACGGCUUUGAGUGGCCGGAGGACUUUGAUUUCUCUGCAUACGAUGCUUAUGAGUCCAGUUAUAUCCAAGUUCUCGCCAGGAGGAGCAGGAAAUGGAAAAGUUUACUAGGACACAAGGAAAAAGUGAAGAAGAACAGAACUGUUAAGAGAUAUGUACGUAAAGGCAUUCCCAAAGAGUUCAGGCCACUUGCCUGGAUGACCCUCAGUGGAGCCCAGAUGAGGAUGGACUCCCAACCACAGCUCUACCAACACCUCCUGACUCAACAGCCACAGCCAGAAGUCAAGGAGUCCAUUGACCAAGAUCUCCAUAGAACAUUCCCUGAAAAUAUCUAUUUCUGUGAUACCUUGGACCCGACAGGUCUACGCCAGCCACUGUGCAAUGUCCUCACAGCAUUUGCUCUGAAGAAUCCCAAGAUUGGCUAUUGUCAGGGAUUUAACUUCAUCGUAGGGGUGAUGCUGCUAAUCUUGCGAGAUGAACAGAAAACGUUUUGGUUAUUGGACACCUUGAUCACACAGAUAUUGCCAGAUCUCUACAGCCCAGGUAUGGCAGGCCUGAAGGCAGAAAUUGCAGUGUUAGCAGAGCUUAUAAGGCAGAAGGAAGCAGGGAUCUAUGAUAAUGUGGAGAGAGAGGGUGUACCAUGGGCCGUCGUCUUCACCAGAUGGUUUAUCUGCCUGUUUAUUGAUGUUCUACCUAUAGAGACAGUUCUCAGGAUCUGGGACUGCUUGUUUUAUGAGGGAGUCAAGGUUCUUCACAGAGUGGGCAUCACCCUGGUCCUCAGGAACAAGGAGCAGAUUCUCCACUCCAAGGGAUUUGAUGGAAUCACCAAGGACUUCAAGGCAACAACCACAGACAUAAGGAACUUGGAGUGUCAUCAGCUGAUGCAGGACAUCUUUACAAUUCCUGGAUCAUUCCCAAGAGCCAAAAUCCAGGAAUUGAGAGAGAAGUUUCUGAGGCUGAGACAAAACAGAGGAAUGGGACUCCUUCAGGAAGAUAAUUUUUUGUGUCCUAUAACACAGAGGAAUGGGACUCCUUCAGGAGGAUAAUUUGAUGUGUCCUAUAACACAGAGGAAUGGGACUCCUUCAGGAAGAUAAUUUGAUGUGUCCUAUAACACAGAGGAAUGGGACUCCUUCAGGAAGAUAAUUUUUUGUGUCCUAUAACACAGAGGAGUGGGACUCCAUCAGGAGGAUAAUUUGAUGUGUCCUGUAACACUGGCAGACAGCCAUGAGACAUACUCCCACCAUUGAAAUGGUACAGGAGUUCAAUAAGUGAUUUUCAUUGGUAGAAUAUGUUCAUGUACAGUAUGGUUAUUUUUCUGCACAAAAACAUAAUUUGAAGAAAAAAAAUGUAGAAAUCAUUGCAUAUUUAAUUGAUUUAUAAUAUCCUGUAUUGGUAUUGAUGAAUAUUUUGGCAAUAUCUAAACAGUGAAAUUUAACAGUGUGCAUUAUUGUAAAUGAUUAUUUUGCAGUGAGAAGUUAGGUUACUAUGUAUUGAUUUAAUACUGACAAAUUAUCUAAUAUUCUACAUGAAAUGAUGCCAGAGGCAUUGAUGUAGACUGUAGAAAGAGGUUAUAAAAUGUGCUAUAUAGUAACUAUAAAAGGUUUAACAUGUAGCCUUCAAGGUGUACUGAGUCAGAGGUAUAUAUUUCAAUGUUGAAAUGGCAUGUGAUAUGUAGUUUUCUUUCUCGGCUGCUAGUAUUGUCAGUCAUGGAUGCAAUGUGUGCCAUAGUUACAGUAUUAUCUAGUCAUAGUAAGGUGUACUUACCUGGCAGUGGGCUCAAAUAAAAAUUCUGAGAGACUGGCCACCAAGUAUUUGGAUGAAAACUCAGAUUGAUGAACAUCUUAGGCAGACAGAAAGCUGGUACCAAAUAGUUUCACCAGUGAAAUGGUCUUAAUCUCGAUUUUAGAUCACAGUUGUUCUUACAUGGUCUUAAUCAUUAUGGCAAUGGUCUUACCAUAGACUGGCUCUGCUUGUAAGAUAAAAAUUAUCUGAACCUGGAUGAGUUAGGCUAUUAUUAGACUAACUUCUGAUUAAGUAGUCAGGCAAUUACCUUCUCUCACAGUGGGUAAAUGUGUGAGGAGAGACCACUGCAUAACAACUAAACUGGAAGUCAGUAAAAUAGUCAUACUCAUUGAUUAAGAUCAUUUGCGAUCUGAAAUUGCAGAUGAAGACCAUUUCAGGCCCAUUAGUGUUUGUUGUAUGACAACCUAGUCAUGUUUCCGUUUUCUGUGUAGGUGUAAUUACAGGCUUUCUUGCUGAAAUCCACGUUUGUUUGAAUUUUUGGGACUAUCAUAGUGUGUAGCACAUUUUGAAUGUCAGUUUUUCAUGACAUCCAAUCCAAUUUGUCCAUAUACUUUUGUCUGAUGCUUUGUAUAUUUGUGAAGCAUCUAUGAGAACUUUCUUAUUAGAAAUGAUCACAUUAAUUAAGCAGUUAAUUGUGACUGGUGCUCAGUGUUGCUGUGAUCAUAAAAAUUAUAAUAAUAGUAAAUUAUAACAGACCAAGUAUCAUAAUAGCUAAGGUCAUCAUUUCUGGUGCUCUUUGCUUGUCAAUGAUUUUGACUUAGAGUUAUGUAAUAGAUAUGUUAUUUGUAAUAUAUAUGUUAUUUGUAAUAUAUAUAUGUUUAGCUGUAGCAUAAUGGGAGUUUUUAAAAAUUAUUUAAAUUAAAUAAUCUCAUACCAUUAUGAUCAAAUCAGGGAACAAAUAUAUGACAAUCCAUAACUAUAUCUGUUAGUAUAUACUAAGCUACCUUAAUGGCUUUGGGUUCAUGAUAUAAGUUGGUCUUAAUCUGUUCAGAUAAUUAUAUACUAAGCUACCUUAAUGUCAUGGGAAGGCUCAUAUCCUCAUGGCUUUGGGUUCAUGAUGCAAGUUGGUCUUAAUCUGUUCAGAUAAUUAUAUACUAAGCUACCUUAAUGUCAUGGGAAGGCUCAUAUCCUCAUGGCUUUGGGUUCAUGAUACAAGUUGGUCUUAAUCUGUUCAGAUAAUUAUAUACUAAGCUACCUUAAUGUCAUGGGAAGGCUCAUAUCCUCAUGGCUUUGGGUUCAUGAUACAAGUUGGUCUUAAUCUGUUCAGAUAAUUAUAUACUAAGCUACCUUAAUGUCAUGGGAAGGCUCAUAUCCUCAUGGCUUUGGGUUCAUGAUACAAGUUGGUCUUAAUCUGUUCAGAUAAUUAGGUGAACAAAUGGUGAUCAGGGUGAUAGACUUGAGAUUAACUUUAGUUUUGUCAGCAGCUGAAUUAUAGUCCAACAAACAUAUCUGCAAGAUGAUGGCAUCAUUUUUGACACAACUUUGAUACCUCUGCUUAAUUCCCCCACUAGGUCACAGUGGGACAUCGCAGAUUGAAGCACAGCAUAUGGAGUCUAGUAAUGUGUUGUUAUCUUCAUAAGGCCAAUUUUUAGUCUCAGUCAAAAGGUUUUUUUUUCAAUCUGUUAUGAUUAGUCAAAAUUGAGAAUUAUGUCCAACUCUGAUAUAUACUGGAACUUAUUUUAACAACUGAUUGUUGUGGUUUUAACCCGAGACUUUUCACUAGGUAAUGACCUGGAUGGAGUGAUUUAUUGUCAUACAGUCAGUUGUCACUGGAAGUUCCAAUAUCAGAGUUUUACCAAAUUCUCCUUGUAAUUCUACUGGAUAACUAAAUCAUUCACUCCUUAGUUAAAAUCCAUUGUCCAUUUUUGGGGAGUCUCUGAGUUCUGGAGCCUUAGGCUUUUACUCCUAAUGUAAGGAACAGAUCAUUGAAGGUGAUAACUUGGAGAUGGUGCUAAUUGUGCAGUAUUAAUAAUCUCGUCUGAAUAUUCAUAAAUUAGUUUAUAUUGACCAUGUGCAAUUUAGAAAUAAAGAUAUCCCUUUUGAUACAGUA